UAUUACUCUCUACUCCUCAUUUUGGUGUUAUUAUUAUUAACUUAACUUAAUUAGGAGCUUAUGGAUUUCUCUGUUCUUCAGAAGCAAAGAAGCCUCUACAUUCCCGAGCUCCCUCCCUCUCUUCAGGGUUCGAAUGUUCAAGUCGAGUUUGGCGAGGUCCCAACCGUUGCAGAUCAAUUGGAUGCUCAAUCGAUUCACCGGUCCUUCCCUCUGACCUAUGGCCAACCAUUGGUGCACUUUGUAACCUCGCUAAAUAAAGCAGGUCAUGAUACUCAUUCUAAGAAAGAACAACGACAACCAAUUAGGGUCGGGGUAGUCUUCUGUGGUCGCCAAUCUCCGGGUGGACAUAAUAUUAUUUGUGGCCUUUAUGAUGCUAUUAAGUCUCACAACCCGAUGAGUACCUUGAUUGGAUUCUGUGGAGGAACUGAAGGCUUAUUUGCACAGAAGACCCUAGAAAUUACAGAGGCAAUCGUUGCAACUUAUCGUAAUCAAGGGGGUUAUGAUAUGCUGGGAAGAACAAAAGAUCAAAUAAGAACAGGGGAGCAAGUGAAUGCCGCAUUAACUGCAUGCAAAGCACUGAAGCUGGAUGGACUUGUUAUAAUUGGAGGUGUUACUUCGAAUACCGAUGCGGCUCAGCUAGCAGAGACAUUUGCAGAAGCUAAGUGCACAACAAAGGUUGUUGGUGUUCCUGUAACAUAUUAUGGGGACCUAAAGAAUCAAUUUGUUGAAGCUAAUGUUGGAUUUGAUACAAUUUGCAAGGUGAAUUCUCAACUCAUCAGCAAUAUAUGCACUGACGCUCUCUCAGCUGAGAAGUAUUAUUACUUUAUUCGGCUCAUGGGAAGGAGGGCUUCGCAUGUUACAUUGGAGUGUGCCCUUCAAGCUCACCCUAAUAUGGUGAUCCUCGGCGAGGAGGUUGCUUCUUCAAAGCUUACCCUCUAUGAUAUAACAAAACGGAUUUGUGAUGCAGUUCAAGACAGAGCUGAACAAGGCAAAAAUCACGGCGUGAUUCUCUUACCUGAGGGUCUCAUUGAAUGUAUACCUGAAGUGUAUGCCCUUUUGCAGGAAAUUCAUGUUCUUCUAAAAGAUGGUGUUUCGGUCGACAAAAUUUCAGCACAGUUAUCUCCUUGGGCAGCUGCAUUAUUUGAGUCGAUGCCACCGUUCAUAAAGAAGCAGCUUCUGCUUUCUCCCGAUUCCGAUGAAUCAGCUCAGCUAUCGCAGAUUGAGACAGAGAAACUAAUAGCUCAAUUGGUGGAAAAGGAAAUGGAAGCGCGAACUAAGAGUGGGGCAUACAAAGGAAAAAAGUUUAAUGCAAUAUGCCAUUUCUUCGGGUAUCAAGCACGAGGAUCACUUCCUUCAAAGUUUGAUUGCGACUACGCAUACGUUCUCGGACAUGUUUCUCAUCAUCUUCUAGCAGCUGGGGUGAAUGGUUACAUGGCUACAGUGACGAACCUCAAAGACGAUGUAUCUAAGUGGCAAUGCGGCGGCGCGCCAUUUACUGCUAUGAUGACUGUAAAGAGGUAUCUGCGCGGCCUUGGGUCUUCUGUAAUAGGGAAACCGUCAAUUCAUCCAGUUGCAGUGGACUUAAAGGGAAAGCCAUACAAAUUGUUGCUUCGUGAUUCGGAAAGAUUUUUGAUGGAUGAUCUCUACGCCAAUUCCGGACCUAUUCAGUAUGAAGGGCCAGGUUCAAAUAGCAAGAGCAUGUGCCUGAGUGUGGAGGACCAGGACUAUAUGGGGAGAGUCAAGGAGUUGCAAGCUUAUAUUGACAAGGUGAGGAAAAUAGUAAAACCUGGUUGUUCACAAGAGGUGUUAAAAGCUGCUUUGAGUUCCAUGGCAUCUAUCAUUGAGGUUCUCUCCCUUAUGACUCCUGCAACAAAGGACCAUGUUGCGUAAAUCCAUUUACUCAUACCCACAUCUUCUCCUUAAUUCUUUUUUGUUUCCAAGAAAAACUUUCGGAACUUCUCUUUUUUUUUUUUUGGUAAGCUUGGAUUGAUUCUACUCAUUCUUUUCUCUGCUUUUCCUUCUGAUUUGUUUUUUUUUUUUUAGUUGAAUUUUAGCCUGAAAUUUUGUACCAAAAAGCUUAUUAAUUAGUUGUUCGCGAACUGCAUUGACGAGUCA